AUGGAAGAGUUGGCGAAGCUUUAUGGGAAGACGUACCACCUUUGGCAGGUGGAUCGCGGGGAUGAGGUGCCGUUGGGCGCGCCCAUGCUCAUGGGCAGCUUCUUGAAGGAGACGAAGGGGGUUGAGAUGCUAGGAAGCAUAUUUUCGAGCCGGGGAUUCAUCCGGAUUCGGAUCAAUGGGAUCACAGCAAGCAUCCUUAGGUCGCAUUUUGGCAGUGAUCCAACGAGUGGUCUGGAGUCGCCCUGAGAGAGGGUCUGUUUUUUUCUUCGAAUUCUAUUGCCUCUAUCCACUCUACGUGCUCGAUUUCUUCCGGAGAAUUGAUCGUAUCUCU